AUAUAAAAUCAUUUUGUACAUUAUUAUUCGCUUGAUAACUGACGUUAGCUAAUUUGCAAACUAUGCAAACUUGAAAAAUGAUGUACCUCAUGUAGUUCGUUUUAUGGGUUGUUUAUUUUUGUCUGAGAUACGUCAUUUCAUUGUAUUUUUCUAACUACUUGUCCAUGUUUGCUGCUUUUAACAGGACAUACUGAGACAGCAAAUGAUGCAUAGACUCCUCUCUAAACUGGAAGCUGCUUUAAACCAACAACCACUAAAUCUGGAUUAUUUGGAGUUCUUGACUCGUCAUGAGCUUGUUCUGUUUGAAUCUUUCUCUCAGCAAAUAGGUGGUCUGUCAGAGAUUACAGAGGCUCUACAAAAUGUUCAUCAUCUGGUUCAGUGUGAAAUUAACAUCACCUCUGUGGGAAUUAUUGAACUGGAAACAGAAGUUGGUCUGGGACCUGGCCACCCCAAAAUCGUACUAGAGAGAGAAAAACUGAAGAACUUGUUGGACACUCAGCUGCCAGUCAGCUGCAUCGCUAAAUGUCUUGGUGUUUCAAGAAGAACAAUCUUCAGGAGGAUGCAAGAAUUUGACUUGUCUGUGAGAGGAACAUACAGCACAAUGAAUGACCAAGAGCUGGACAACAUCAUAUCGACUAUCAAAAAUCAGAUGCCAAAUGCUGGCUAUCGAAUGGUUCAAGGACAUUUGGUUUCUAUGGGUCUCCGUGUUCAGUGGUGGAGAAUGAUGGCCUCCAUGCAUCGAGUUGAUGCUGUUGGGAUCUUCACACGGAUUACAGAACUAGGCUGUGUUGUGCGAAGAAGCUACUCGGUGCGAGGCCCUCUCUCCCUUGUCCACAUAGACACAAAUCACAAGCUAAUAAGGUACAAUGUUGUGAUCUUUGGUGGAGUGGAUGGCUACUCAAGGAAGGUCCUGUACUUGGAUGCAGCAACUAACAACAGGGCAAAAACUGCAUUCUCAUUUUUCCUGAGAUCAGCCCAGCUUCACGGCUUGCCAUCAAGGGUUAGGGCAGAUCAAGGAGUAGAAAACCUGGACAUUGCACAUUUCAUGUUUGCCACAAGAGGAACAGGGAGAGCGAGUUUCAUAUCUGGAAAGAGUGUCCACAAUCAGAGAGUAGAACGACUUUGGCGUGAUGUCUGGAUUGCAGUCACUAGCAAGUACCAUGAUGUUCUUCACUCACUUGAGGAGGAUGGCCUGCUUGACAUUUCAGAUGUCAUUCAUCUCUUUGGUGUCCACUACAUCUUUGUCCCUCGACUCCGAGCAGAUCUUGUCACCUUUGUUGGAGGAUGGAAUAAUCAUCCCCUCAGGACAGAAGGUGGUCUCACUCCUGAACAGCUCUGGUGUAUGGGACAUCUACAAGAGCUGGACGAGGGCGAGAGACUUGAGGAGCUUCAGGAUCCAGGCAUUGACUGGGAGAGUGCUGUACUGCAAGAAGAAUCUAACAGCACAGUUGUGGUUCCUGAAAUUGAAUGCCCACUGGAUGAGGAAACCCUGGAGGGACUUCAGAGAACAAUUAAUCCCUUGGAACAUUCAGAAUCUUACGGUCGUGACCUGUACAUACAAUUCUUGCUACUGGUGUCAAACCAACAGUGACACUUAAGAUGGACGUGAAAGUCAACGCUCUUUUGUUCUCAAAUACUGGAUUUCUUUGCUGAAAGAUUACAGAUUACAAUUCAGAUUACAAGUAGACAAUCAAACAAAGCACUUGCUUAUUAUCUAUCAACGUAGGACCCUACACAAAGUUUUGAAGUCUUAUCAUUUUCAUGAAACAGCUACGAACAUCUUAACAGCUAAUGUUUAGAAACAUUUUUACUCAUUUAGUUUCCAAAUUACAAGACAACAAUGUGUUAAACUCUGUGGAAUCCACCACCAUAUCUAACUGCUGCACUCAUUAUGGUUUUAAACAUUGUGUACGUGUCCAGAUGCUGCACUGGAAAAGUCACAGUACAAGUGCAUGCACUCACAACUGGGUAACAAAUUGAGUGAUCUCCCAGCUGCUCCUUACAUUCGUGGUCAAACUUGCAUGUUAUUUUGAAAUGUCUCUUUUCAUCAGGAAGGAUGGGAACAUGGGACUGGCCGGUCAUCCACUGGAGCACAUGCUGGACAGCAAGAGACUCUGAUUUUUCACCACCUGCACCGCCUGUGUUUCCAUCUGUGAUAUUUGAAAAUGUUUCUG